CCGCUGCCUCCUCCGGCGCGGAGUACCACACACCCCCGCACACACCGCGGGGAGGAGGAGGAGGAGGAGGAGGAGGAGGAGGAGGAGGAAGAGGGCGGAGGGAGCGGAGCAGCCCCCCCGCCCCAGCCCCGAGCAAUAUCGCCCUCAUCCCCCCAUGCAAUACGGGCGAUAUAGCACAGCUCCCCGCCCCGCGCUCCCACGGACAGGCACCUGCAGGUGAGCAGUAAAUAUGAGCUUGGCAACACACGACCACGAGUGCCAGGACCCUGUGAUCUGAACCGUGUCUUCAGCUGACUUCCCAGUGGCAAGGCACUGUUGAUCCUGUACCAUGGAGGACUGCCUUCACACCUCCUCCGAAAAUCUCUCCAAGCUGGUGAGCUGGGCCCACAGCCAUGGGACCAUCUGCAGCCUCAUCCCCAACCUCAAGCACCUGCUUUCAGAGGGGGCCCACGGCAACCUGACAGCCAUGUGGGGCUGUAGUGCUGGCCAUGCCUACCACUGGCCCCUGGCCGCCACUUGCCGGGCUGGCUCCCAGGAGCGCGUCUGCUUCCAGGACAGCCGCAGCUUCAACUCGGACAGCCCCAGCAUGUUGGGGGUGCCGUCAGAGGCACAGGCCAGCCCCCUGGAGCGCUACCCAGGCCGGACGGGGAAGGCCAAGCUGGAUUGCACCCGUACUCGUGACUCCUGCGACUUCUCCUACUGCAGCGAACCGUCAGAGCUGGGCGAGCCUGUGGAGGAGUACGAGGAUGAGGCCACCCUCUUCGACAUGGUCUGUGAGUCCUCUGUCACCGACGAGGACAGUGACUUCGAGCCACACCCGCACCGUGCCCCGGCGGGCCCCCGCAAGCGGCCGGCAGCCGCUGCCCAGGCCCAGGCGCAGGCUGCCGACGAGGGCGGCGGCGACGUGCUCCUCAAGAAGAUCAAGCAGGAGCUCCCCGAGGACUACUAUAUAGUGGCCAACGCCGAGCUGACGGCCGGCGCCGAUGGGCCGGCCCUGGCCUUGACGCAGAUGUCCAAGCCCAAGCCGCAGCCCCCGGCUGGGCCCUCCUGCCUGGGGCCCACCAGGACCGUGCCCCAGCCGGCCGCGGGCCCCGACCCCGACCCGCAGCGCCUCUGCGCCUCCCCGCCCGGCCCGCCCCGCAUGGCCACGCAGCGGCCGCCCCGGGGACCCCUGGCCUCCCCGGCCGGGGGGGCAGGCGGUGGCCCCGUGGCCGCCCUGCAGGUGCCAGCCACCAGCUCCAAUGCCAUCACCACCGCUGGGAAACCCAUCAGCAUCCCCCUCUCAGCCCUGCAGCUGCCAGGUCAGGAGGAGCCACCGGCCGCUGAGGAGACCCUCCCGUCCGUCCCACAGCUGGCCCCGGGUGGCGAGGUGGCCGGCUCGCCCUCGGUGAGCGCUGACCCUGAGGUCAGCUCCAGCCAGCAGCAGCCCCACGCCGCGCCUACCACCACCCCCGAGGCAGCGGCGCAGCUGAUGCCAGACCAGGAUGAGAGAGCAGCAGAGCUCAGCAGGGAGCAGAAUGAGAAGACCAUUCGGAGCACGCAGACAGCUCUCCGCAAUUUCCGAGAAUUCCUCAUUUCCAAGUACCCCUCUGAGACCCGUGAGAUCUAUGUCAUCCCCUGCAAAGAGCUUGAUGCCUAUCUUGCGUCCUUCUUUGUGGAUGCCAGACAAAAAGAUGGGUCUGAAUAUGAGCCAAACAGUCUGGCCAACUAUCAGUGUGGACUGGAGAGGUAUCUCAAAGAGCACAGGUAUGGAUACAGUAUUACGAGGGAUAAGGAGUUCAAGAGGUCCCAGGAAGCUCUAAAGCAAAAGCAGAUAGAGCUGAGAUGUAAAGGGAAAGGAAACAAGCCACACAAAUCCAUGAAGCUCACCUUUGCUGAUGAGCUUAUCCUGCGCAAAAGAGGCUUACUGAGCCGGUACAAUCCUGAAGGGCUGCUGAACCUUGUGUGGCUGAACAACACUAAGGCGUUUGGACACUGCACAGGUUUCCAUGGGUCCACCCUCAAGUGGGGCGAUAUCCGGCUGCGGGUGACAGAGACUGGGUUGGAGUACCUGGAGUGGAUGGGGCCAGACAAUGGGGACGUGAGUACCAAGAGCAAGAGAGGCGGGACGGACUCGCGGGUGUAUGCCACCCAGCACUCCCCACAGACCUGCCCUGUGCAGGACUACAAGGAGUACGCCCAGCGGCGCCCUCCGGCCAUGCGCUACGAGGAUGCGCCUUUCUACCUGUCCAUCAAACCUGUUGUCAACUUGGCUGCACUUCACUGGUACAAUUGCCAAGCCCUGGGGAAAAACAAGCUUGCCAAGAUGGUAAAGACGAUGUGUGAGAAAGGCAACAUCCCUGGCCGCAAGACCAACUUCAGUGUCUACCAGAGCUGCAGCACCCUCUCAGAAGCGCAGAGCAACCAGCUGGUGCUGAUCUGCAAUAACUUGAGCCAGCAGGCUGCCCAGUCCAUGGCAAGCCACUCCAAUACCGGCAACUUCAUAGUGUCAGCAUCCUAUGACUCUUCGUCUGACACGGCUUGAGAGAACACCAAACACUUUUUUCUUUUCCUUUUUGUUUCAGGCAUUGAAUUUGUGCUCAAUAAUACACAUCAACUGUGAUUGUACACUAUUCCCCCUCAUAGCCCUCUCUCCAGUGUUAAUUCACUUUAUAAGAAUAUAUAAACAUAUAAUAUAUUUUUCUUUUUACAAAUAAGUCAACAGAAAUAGUUUAGUAUUACUAACAGUAUUUAUAGUGUUAAUGCAAAAAUGAAAGGUACUUAUGGAUUAUAAUAUGAAUGCAGAUUUUAAAAGGAUAAAAAUGGUUCUCAGGCAACACAGGAUAGAGUGAAAAUACCAUUUUAAACAUGCACACAUUAAUGAGUGUAAAUCCCCAGGGAGGUUUACAUAGGAAUUCUGUUCUAAAGCAUUUUUUCAACUUAGUGUUUUAACAUGACCUCCCACAGUGGAGGAGACAAACUUAACAUUGGCUGCUGCUUCUUACCUGCUAGCUUAUUCUUGAUCAGCAAGACCAAGAAAUAAGAAAUACAUCAAUGUAAGUUCACAAAACUGUUUACAGCAUUUUUGAUCUGUUUUUAUUAUGUUUCCUGAGGCUCAUUUAUGCUACAAAAAUGCGGAGGUCAGCAAAACAUUAUUUUUAAAUUUUGGGUUUGUUGAUUUUCUGGGAUCAAAAUGUUGCUGGUGUUUAGGCUAAAAAGUAUUGUUCUCAACAAUAUGCAAAAGUAUAAUGGCAAAACCAUUGUCACACACAUAAUUUUACCUCUUUAAGCAUAGGUUGUUAGUAUUUUGUCACUCUGUGUAUGUAGUGUAAAAUCUACUGACAUAGAGCACUCUUUCAGUAUUCUGGGAAAACCAAGAGGGCAGAAAAAUCUGCAGUCUUAUCCCAAGCUGUACAGAAAAAUUGCAUCAGCUAUGUCUUAAGCCAUCAUUUGAAAUCCACAAAACAAUAGAGAGUGUAACAAUAUUUCUACAGAAAUUUUAGAAGAAUUUCUACAGAAAGUUAAAAAACUGGAUAGUUUGAAGUGCUGGAAUACAAAUUUAACUUAGCUACACAUCAUCUGUUUCCAUUGCAGACAAUGGAAAAUGUGAAUGUGAAUCUGAAGGCAGAAUUUUGACCUUAAAGCCUUGAAAUAACGAGUUCUGCUGUUCUACUUUGCCAUGUAAUUGUUCUACUACAGGUGUGGGAAAACCACUAACAAAUUCACUAUUUCAGUAAUCAAUUACAAUUCUUGACCCUUAAAAUUAGGAACAGUACUUUUCAAGUUAAGUUCCACAAGGAUGUGCUAGGGCUGUGGUGAGGCUUUAGACAAGUCUGCUGGGGUAAUUGAGUGCCUGAUGAAGUCAAUGAAAGAGACAACCUUGGCUGACUUCCCCUGGGUAUUGGACCAAACUGUUACUGAGAGGCUUUCUUAUUUUGCAGUUUUUAAUUGUUGUGUUUCCUUAUGCUUGUUUGUCUGUAUUUCUUCACAUUCCUGCAUAUCCUUCAUAUUCUUUAGAUCUGCAACUGUGCAAUGACUUUAAUCAUCACUUAUUCCAAAGAAGUAAUGAAAGAAAAGUAGCAAAUAGAAGUAAGCCACCUGGCACCUAUAACCUUUUUUUCUGUGUUUCUAGGAUGAAAUGUUUCUGUGUGUGAGGGAGCUGGCAGAGUGUCUGCGCCUCACUUAAGCCUUACCGAAGGUCUGUUUUGGGGAUGAAAUAGGUAGCAGAUGUGCCACUGAAAAGUCUAAGGGCAGAGAUUUCCCCUAUAAUAAAUAUCUGUCCUCCCAGGAAGCUUCA